UUCAGGGAAACUGAAACUAAAUCACUGUCAGGUGUGUGUACGUGUCUUCUUUUCUAAAAUGGCAGAAGCAAGUGUUUCACAGGAUCAGUUCAGCUGUUCAAUCUGUCUGGAUCUACUGAAGGAUCCAGUGGCCAUUAACUGUGGACACAGUUACUGUAUGAGCUGUAUUACAGACUACUGGGAUCAAAAGAGAUUCUACAGCUGCCCUCAAUGCAGACAGACCUUCACUACAAGACCUGUUUUAGGUAAAAACAUCAUGCUGGCUGAAGUGGUGAAGAAACUGAAGAUGACUAAACUACAAGCUGCUCGUCCUGAUCAUUGUUAUGCUGAACCUGGAGAUGUGGAGUGUGACGUCUGUACUGAGAGAAAACACAAAGCUGUCAAGUCCUGUCUGGUGUGUCUGAACUCUUACUGUCAAAAUCAUCUUGAACAACAUGAGAAAUUCUUCAAAGGGAAGAAGCACAAUCUGAUAGAUGCCACUGGACGACUUCAGGAGAUGAUCUGCCGUAAACAUGAUAAAGCCCUUGAGAUUUACUGUCGUACUGAUCAGCUCUGUAUAUGUUAUCUGUGUACGGUGGAUGAACACAAAAACCAUAAGACUGUAUCAGCUGCAGCAGAGAGGACUGAGAAACAGAAACAACUGAAGGAGACACAGAGAAAAUACCAUCAGAGAAUCCAGAAGAGUCAGAAGAAGCUUCAGGAGCUGAGAGAUGCUGUGAAGACUCAUAAGCGCUCUGCACAGACAGCAGUGGACGACACUGAGAGGAUCUUUACUCAACUGAUCACAUCCAUUGAGAGAAGACGAUCUGAGGUGACACAGCUGAUCAGAGAUCAGGAAAAGGCUGCAGUGAGUGAAGCUGAAGGACUCAUGAAGCAACUGGAGCAGGAGAUUGAUGAUCUGAGGAGGAGAGACGCUGAGCUGGAGCAGCUUUUACUCACCGAUUAUCACAUAAAUUUCCUCCAGAGUUUUCAGUCUCUCUCUGUUCCUCCUGGAUCUUCAGACUCACUCAGCAUCACUGUCAGUUCUCUCCUCUCUUAUGAUGAUGUAGGAAAAUCUUUAUCUCAUCUGAAAGAGAAACUGGAGGAUUUUUGCAGAGAAGAAAUAGAAAGCAUAUCUGAUAGAGUAAAGCAUAUUGACAUUAUUUCCACCCCUGAACCGAAUACCAGGGAACAGUUCUUACAAUAUUAUCGUCAGAUCACUGCAGAUCCAAACACAGCAAAUGAGUAUCUCAAACUAUCUGAUGACAACAAAGUGAUUACUGACACUAACAGAGUCCAGACGUAUCCUGAUCAUCCAGACAGAUUUGAGGAUUAUCAUCAGGUGUUGUGUAGUGAGAGUGUUUGGGGACGCUGUUACUGGGAGGUUGAGUGGCGUGGUGAGGUGGAAAUAUCAGUGUCAUAUAAGAGCAUCAGCAGGAAGGGAGGGGGUGAUGAUUGUAGAUUUGGAUGGAAUGAUCAGUCCUGGAGUUUGUGCUGCUGUGACUCCACUUAUUCAUUCUUUCACGAUUACAUUGAAACUAAACUCCCAGUAGUGUCCAGAUCUUCUAGAAUAGGAGUGUAUGUGGAUCACAGUGCAGGAUCUCUGUCCUUCUACAGCGUCUCUCGCACAAUGACCCUCAUCCACAAAGUCCAGACCACAUUCACACAACCUCUCUAUCCUGGGUUUAACAUUUCUGGAUCAGUGAAACUGUAUGAUCCAACAGUUGGCUAUAAUACAGGAUUCUACAAAUAUUUUAGUUUUAGUACACUUUGGGUUUUUUUACCAGGGGUGCAGGGUUUAAAAUUUUAUUGAAGCUUCCCCGGGUGCCACCAUUGCUUAGCGGACCCCCACCUGCUGUUAGCAUUCCAUUGACUCCCAUUCAUUUUGCCGUCGUUUUGACAGCGAAUAACUUUACAUCUGAGGCGUUUAAAGACUUAAUCUUUCCAUUAAUUAUUUCUAAAGAAACACGAAAAUGUAUAAAAGGCUCCAUUACCAUGUAUCUUACGUCAUGGCCCAUUAGAAGCAGUUUUUGUAAAAAUAGGCUAACAAUUGCGUCAUAACCAGCGACUCUCUGUCGCACAGUAGAGAAAUUACCGUAUGGACAGGAGGAGAAGCUCGUAGGCAAUCUUUUACUGUCUAUGAGGCAGUCGGGUGGACGUGGAGACAUAAAUUCAAAGGGAGAUUAUUAAUCAGAAUACUUAUCAAAAUUUGCUCCUGUUCACGCUCGCCGUCUCUGCAAGAUUUGGUGGGUGAUUCAGAUUUCUCGUGGCACGGCUAUUAGAAGACUUACAAUUGUCAGACAGGUUGCUCACGUGACAUCUACGUCAUAAAGCUCAGUUUGAGUCUGCGCAGUACGCUCGACCCCCAGGAAGUGCGUGCUUCUAAUUGACUUCACUUGUCUCCGUUGAAUCCAAUGGGGUUGCUGUGUCCAUUUCUUUUACUGUCUAUGGUUUUUACAAUGUGCUUUUGACACCGGGUUAUCUUUGUCUGUGUUAAACCCCGUUGUUACCCUGCCCCACAUGAAAAAAUUCUGUAGCAUGCUAUUCAUUAGAAUUUAGAAGUUCGAAGUAUAUUGCAGUAUAUAAUAGUAAUACUACAUUAGUUUAUAGAUUUUUUUCUUGUACAUGAGUUAUGCUUCAUACUUGUAAUUUCCAAGGCAUGGAUAAGCCUCUGAGCUUUUCAAAUUGCUCAUUGCCUUACCAUCACAAACAACUCAAUAAACACAGUAGAUAAAUAAACUGUAAGUUAUAAGCAGCAACUUUUUUACUUCUCAUCCCAUUUCUCUAUAAAGGAGUGGAUGGCAUGCGGAUGUCCUUAUAGGAUCUGUCAGACUUUGAAUCCACAUCUUGUUGUAAAUAAAUGACUAAAGACAAUGCAAAUAAAGCAUUGUUGAUGUCAAAACAAAAAUUACUCCCCUAAUUCACACAAAGCAUCAUGGGGUGUAGAAAUAAUGUCAAUAUUAAACACACUAUAGCAGUAAAGUAUUAAUGA